AUGGCUAAAUCUAAUGAAGACAAAAUGAUGAAAGAUAAAAAUGAUGCUGCAUUAAAAAUUCAAAACUGGUUCAGAACUUUGUCUCAUAAAAAAAAUAUAGAUAAGCAAUUGAAAAUCAAUGGAUCAUUUAUUGAUAUUAGAAAUGAAAAAUUUUCCAUGCCCAUUUCACCAUCUUUCAGUUUGGGAUCUAAAAGAAUUGAAGAGCUAUUUGCAGCUAAUAAAAUAAAAGAACAAUUUCCUCUCACAUCUAACUCAAUCUCUCAAACAGUUAAUAAGGAGAGAAAGAGUAGCAAUGAAGUUAACUUACUCUACGAUAAUAAGGACAGCAACAAAACAUUCAGAGAUGUGGAUGAGUUGGAAAAGAUUUCAAUGCAGUCAGACAAGACGUCAAGUUCAAAUUCGGAUGUUAAUGUAGGUGGACAAUCAAAAAACUUGCUGUCAAAGAAGCAUAGUGAAAUAGCAUUAACAAGCAAAUACUUAUCGGAAGAAAAGUUGGGAAAUGUUAUAACCUAUCUAAAAGGAGUCAAAAGCAUGGGUUCAACGUAUAACGUAGAGAAAAAUUCUUUGAUUUCCUCAAAAUCUUGGAAAAAAAGUUCUCAGACAGGUGUCUCUUCAAACCUACAGGAUGGCUUAAAAUCUGACAAUAAGCAAACUUUACCAAGAGAAAGUGAAAUGAAUGAAUCAAAUAAUAAAAGUUCAAAAGAACAGAAAAAGUCAAUGAAGAAGCAGUAUGAAGAAACAAUUUCAAGACAUUUAGCAUUCAUUGAUCAGUUGAUUAAUGAUAAGAAAGGUUUAACAGAAGAAUUAAAGAGAUUUCAAGACCACAUUCAAGAUAUGACAGAAAAAUUUCAAAAAGAACUGGAAGCCAGAGAGGGCAGGCAUGCGGUAGAGUUGAAGAAAUUGAAAGAUGUGCAUGCAGCGGCUGAGCAAAUAAAACGAGAACAGUGGAUCAAAACAGAGGCCAACAGAAUCAAAGAGUUGACGGCUAAAGGAUUUGAACCAGCUUUACAAAAGCUUAUAGCUCAGCACAGAACUGAAAUUUCAAAAUUAAAAAAUCUGCACAAAGAGGAGAUGAAAAUUUGUCAAGAAGAUGAACUCGCAAAAUACAAUAAAAAAGUUGAAGAGUUAAGAAAAGAAAGUUUAAAAGAAAUUGCGUUUGCAAGAAAAGAAGAAAGAGAAGUGUUGGAAAAAGAGUUCGAAAGAAGGUUAUCUGAAGAAAUUGAAGCAAUGAACAAAGAGAAAGAAAAUUUAAAUUCUGAUUUAGAGAGGGAAAGACGCUAUAUGGAGAAGCGGUUGAUAAAGCAAGAGGAAGAAUUCAAAAAGAUGCAGAGCAAUUUGAACAAAGUACACACAUCCGCCAUCAGCGUCUUAAAAAGGGAAUUUGAAACAGCUAGGAAUGAGCAGGAGAAAAGACAUGAGGUUUUGAUGAACAAUUUGGCUAAACAGUAUGAUGCUGAAAAGGAGGAAUGGGGUAAGGAAUUUUUUAAAAAACAUCAAACCGAGUUUGAAGAGAAAGAAAAAGAACUGAAGAAUAAAUUAAAAACGGAAAGAGAUAGAGAUAUAGAUUUAGUUUUGCAGAAUAUGGUGGAUGAACGGGAAAAAGAAAUUCGGCAAAAUAAAAUAGACAUGAAUAAUCAGAUAAAAAAAUUGAAAGAAAAACAUAAACAGGAGUUAGCAAACAUUGAAACUUCAGAAAAACAUAUAUACAAUAGUUAUAACGAAAUAAAGAGAUAUUUGUUUGCGAAAGAAAGCGAGAAUAAAACUUUGCUUUCACAGCUAUCUCAAGCCGAAAACAUUAUCAAAGAAUUAAACGAGGCUAUUUGCAAAAGAAAUGAAGAAAAAAGCAAACUGACUGAUAUUGUAAGGCAGGAAGUUGCCGACAAAAUGGCAUCAUUUGAAUCUGAAAAUUUGAAGUUUAAACAAGAGAUUUGCAACUUGAAAGCAAAGUUUAAAGUAGACGUGGAAAACAUACAGUCUAAUGCAAAACAACAACUUAAAUUGAAAGAAGAUGAAGUUGAAGAAGUUCAUAAAAGGGUAAAGGAAAUAAUAGAGAAACGUGUAAGGAUAGAAAAUGACUUGAAGAAAGAACGAGAUGCCGCGGUCAAAAGAGCUGAUUACAUCCAAGGCGUCCUACUCGAACAAAACAAAAGUAAAGGGAAAAACCGUCAUAACGAUGUGCUUGUUCACUCCCUGUUCACCAUUAAUGAAUGUUCAUCAUCCAUUUGUGGACUCCAUGGUCAUUGCGUCGGUGAACAAGAUAACAACAAUGUUCCAAUUGUGCAAACGCUCAGCGAUGAGAUUGAUGCAAGUAUUAUUUCCACGACAACCAGGGACAGUGUUUCAAAUACUAACAGCUCUAUUAUUGCUUCUUAUACUGAUAUUAGUAUUAGUAGUGGUGCAAAAAAUAAUGAGACAUCUGUUGACACAAAUCUCAAUAUUAUGAGCAAAGUUAGUGAUGUCCUUAAUCUUAAUGUUUACUAUUGUAAAUGUCAUGAAGGGUGGUAUGGACCAACCUGUGCUUCCAAUAAGUGCUCGGGCAGACAAUGGAUAGCAUCAAGGAAUGACUCGAUAGCUGAUGGAUUGAGCAACUACUCUGACAAUCAGAGAUGUACCUGGUUGUUGGGGUCUGGGGAUGUGCGAACUCCCAUUUAUAUCCAGUUUGAACAGUUUGCCACUGAAUCAAACUGGGACUACCUGUACGUGCACGAUGGUUCAUCUGCUUGGGAACCAAUGGUUGCAGCUAUCAGUGGUGUGGUGAGAAAUUCUACGGUUGCCAGAUGGCCUGAACUUCGUUUGACAUCGGGUUAUGCCUACAUCUACCUGAUCACCGAUUCCGCGUUCAAUUCCGAUGGAUUCGUGUUCUAUUAUAGGUGGGUGGGCAGGCUGGUGUUGCCUUGUGCUCUCGAUGAUGGGAAUAAUGGUGGUGGAAGCAGUCCAACUGCUCGAUGCAGUGCACACGGAACGGCCAUUGUGACGAAAGUUCAGGGGUGUGUAGGUGCAAAAGUGGGUGGAUCGGUCAGUCAUGCUCCCAACCAACCUGCGUCAACAUGUGCUCCCAUCCUAACGGGCUCUGUGGUCAGGACGGGGCUUGUGACUGUGCCGCUAAAUAUACAGGAUUUAUCUGAAGGACCCAUCAAGUUCUCUUCCACCAUUGAAGCAGGUCAACUCUCCGUCAUCAAGAAUGUCAUUUACGUCUCAGGGGGAGUCGUACAACAUCCAGCCUCCACCAACGGCAGCGGCAGUGGUAGUAGUGACGGUCCUGAUAUUACUAAAAGUAUUAAUGGUAGUAGUAACAGCAGCAGAAGUAGUUGUAGUAGCAGUAGUAGCAUCAUGACUACAAACGAAUUGUGGUCUUUGGAGUGCGAAGAUGUUUGUACGUGGAGGUUGAUGAAUUCCUCUGACGGCUCUGAAAUGUUGUCGGUAUCUGGACAUACCAUGCAUGCAAUUGAUGGCCUACUGUACCUCUUCUUUGGGUAUAACCCUGAUGUUGGGUAUCUGAACUUUGUACAGAAGUUUGAUUUGGCCACCAGGCAAUGGUCAAUCAUUCGGCCAUCUUUCACCUCUCCAAUCGUCAUAAUAAGUGGUCUCUUUGGUCAUUCUAGUGUUCUUUACGACGCAUCAUCUUCAUCGUCGUCGUCACCAUCGCCAUCAUCAUCGUCGUCGGGUUUGAAAUUGUACAUCCACGGUGGCUUCUAUCCGUCCAGAAAAAGCACUGGCAAGUCGUCCGAUCAACUUUUUCUUUACGAUCUCACUGAUAACACCUGGACGGAACUUCGAAGCAGCGGCGUACAGCGAUUCAUGCACACUUCAUUCGUACUGCACGGCCACAUGCACGUGUACUCUGGCAUCACCAACUACAACAACACUCUUCAUCGCGAUGCUGAUGACGACGAAAUUAACGAUUUCAUGGUUUACGAUUUCGGUUGCAAUAACGGUGUCAGGCUGCAUAGAUAUGACCUGAAAAUGGCAAGCAUACCUUACGAUGUUUUAAAAACAGAUUGCAACGUUUGGACGACGUUGCCCGCCCCUCGCUUCCAACUCGCCACAUCUCGUUCCGGCCACUCCUCGAACGUGAACGGUGAACGCGCGUACACAUACGGCGGCUACAGUGGGCAUCUCCUUAACGAUCUCAUCCUAUAUACGCCUGCUGUCUGCCGACGAUCACGUUCUUGCGACUUAUGCCUGGAGCGUGGCUGUUUUUGGUGCGGUGAUAGGUGCCAGUCUAAAUCAGUUGUGUGUCACGAAGUCCAGAUAUCUGAGAUGAGUCUAUGCUAUUUGGUGAAUGUUAACGACUCGUUUUACUGUUCACUACUGCCCAACUGUGAGGUCUGCAUGAACGAUCAGAGAUGUUUUUGGAGUUCCAGAGGACACUGUUUGUAUGUCGCUUCACAAGCCACGAAAAUGCUGCCAAAUAAGAACAGUAGCAGCAGUAGCAGCAACGAUGACUUAAGCACAGCCAUCAUCACCAUAAAUCGCUUUGUUAGCAACUACAUAAUCAACCCAAAUAACACAAGCAACCGGACAUGUCCGAUGAUUAGCUGUCCGCGGUUCAACAGCUGCGAAGAUUGCAUAGCUGUAGCGGCUUGCAUGUGGUGCAGCGGCACUCGCAGCUGCCUGCAGGCUCUCGGCUACGUGCCCCUCAACCUCUAUGGCUCCUGCAUCAGCUGGGUCAAUGAGAAGCCCAAGCGAUGUUCCGCUUCUACCUGUGAUUACGUAAGAACCUGCACCGAGUGUCUGGACAAUCCGAUGUGUGGUUUCUGUGAUGAUGGUAGUGGGACCGGCUUGGGGAGGUGCGUGGAAGGGGGUCUCCAGGGACCAGCCAAUCACACCCUUGCCACCUGUGGUAGUGGUAGCGGUAGUACAGGUGUUGUUGCUGGUGGGAACAAUAAUGGUACUGGCGAAAAGAGCUGGCAUUUUACAGAAUGUCCAAUUUGUCAAUGUCAUGGUCACAGUAAGUGCUUUCCCGGCACAGACAAGUGCAUAUCAUGUCAAGACAAUACAACAGGUCCCAACUGCGAGUUUUGUAUGGAAGGAUUCUGGGGGAACGCUUUCAACGGAGAGCCAUGUGAAUUAUGUUCUUGCAACGGCACUGCAGACAGUUGCCAUCAGUUGGAUGGGGACUGCCAUUGUAAGACGAGGGGGGCUUUCGGAAAGUACUGUGAUGGAUGCGAAAUGCAAGUUUCCAAUCUUGUCAAACAUCCGUUUGACAAGAUUGGAAACUCCUGCUAUGAGCACAUAAUAAUGAUGGGCUACAAAGUGGUUGAAUUGAACAUGACGGAGGAAGACAGCAGGUACUUCCGCCUGGCCAACUUCUACUUCGAUCCACUUUUUAACAAGAGCAAAGAUAUUGAAAUAGAAGUUACCUGUAACCCUGGUUGCAAUCUAACUGUUCUUGUCAAGAAAGGUGACGACAUCAUCCAGAUCCAUCACCACGGCUACAGCCAGCGAAGCAGCACUUCCCUGCUGCAGAAUGACUUCCUGCAACAUCAUGAUUGGUCGGUGGACCAACCUUCCAACGUCACUGCAUUCCUCCACCUCUACAACUUUACCACCCCACUUCGAUUGACCAGGAACAAGAUGGAGAUGUUGGAGAUGGCUAAGCGUCCGUUUGCUAUGUGCACCGUCCUUGUCGAUGAAGAUGGGGAGGUGGAUCAGUCGGAGAAUGUUUCGCUCAUUUCCGCCCAGGCGAGCAGCAACUCCAAAACAGAUGCCAAACAUAAAAAGAUUGAGAAGUUAACUCCGGUUGCGAUAGAACCGUUAGCCAAUCAGAAAUCGGCAAUAGUUUCAGUCCUCGUAAGACUCCCCCAUGUUGACGAAUCUUAUGCAUUGCCUGACCAAUCAGCUUUCGCUUUUGCAAGCACCCUCGUUUCCAAUGGUAGCAUCAGCAGACGUUUGGCUCUCGAAUGCAAUGGAAAAAGCAAGAUGAAGCCAGCUGAAAGAGAGAACUACCACGAACGGCAAGAAGAGUCUCGAUCGCGACUCGAGAUACGUCAACAGUUGCAGCAACAACGUUUCCAUCGACAUUUACAAUCACUGCAUUUGCAACAACAACGACAACAUAAUACUCAGCAACAAUCGCAACAGCAUUCGCAACAUCAUAUUACUCAGCAACAGUUACAACAAAUACAAGAAGAUUCACAACGGCAACACCAACAGCAACAACAACAACAACAAUUGUUGCAACAACAACAACCAAACACAACUAAUGUGUAAAUGUAUGUAAUAAUUAAUCUGCAAUCAAACAACGAUGAAUUUCAUUGAAUUUUAUUGAACGACGCUCAUUUGCUAUACAUGUUAUUUAAAAUUGGCUGUCGGGAUAGCAGCUAAAAUAAAAAAUUUAGAAGGAACGACAUGUAAAUCAUAAGGGUAUCCAUUGUUAUUAUUAUUAUUAUUAAUAUUAUUAUUAUUCUAAAUAAACUGUUAUAAUGUACUUACAUUUCUAGCAAUUUUUCAUGAAAAUUUGUUAUAUUACGCUACGUUAUAAAAAUUUACUUUUAUUUUAUAUUCAUUAUCAAUUUUAAUUUAAUUUAAUAAUUGGACAACUAUAUUAUUAAUUAAUCAAUUAAGUGAUUGACUAAAUUAAAUGAUUAAUUGGUUUAUCAAUCAAUUAAAUGAUCAAUUAUUGGCUGUUUUCUUAACUAGUAAAUAUAAAUAAAAGUCGUAUAAACCAAUCUUUUACUAAUAGAAUUCUUAUUUAACAAUAAUAAUAAUAUUAUUAUUAUUAUUGCUAGUUUAAUUUUUUAAUAUACGCAAACCAACUUUUUUCAAUUUUUAAAUUCCAUGUUUUUAUCUUUAAUAGAAUUAUCUAGCAUAAUGAAACCAAUCAGGAAUGAUUUUGUAUGUUAUUUAUGUACAACACGACUCAACCAAUCACAAGCUAGCCAUUUUGACCCAACCAGUUAUAUUGUAGCCAUUAUGUGACUUUUUGUUACGCUAAUUAAUUAUAAUUAUUAUAUAUUAUUAAACAUUCACACAUACUUUCGUAAUUAUAUAAUUAUAUUAAUAAAACAAUUAUAAAUAAUUGUUUUUAUUAUUGAUGAUUAAUCUUUUUUGCGUUUAUGUUCUAUUAUUUCUGAUUCAGUUGCAUCAUACCAUUCAAAUAUUGAGAAAAAGUUUGUAAUAAAAAUAUAUAUG